GUGGGUGGGAAAGACGGGAGUUGCGGAGUUCACGCGAGAAGUGGUUGCCGGCGCUCGCGGGAGAGGGCCGGAAAGUAUGAAAAAGGGAAAGUUGGGUCUUGACUGAAAGUCUGGUUUUAUUUAGUCAUUUGGUUUGUGAGACCUUUUGUAAAUUGGACCCAGGCUGACUGUGGAUAUGAGUUCUACCACUUCCAGAGAUGAAGAAGAAAAAGACACGUUUAAAAUUUUAGUUGCUACAGACAUUCACCUUGGAUAUUUGGAGAAGGAUGCUUGUCGUGGAAAUGAUACUUUUGUAACCUUUGAUGAAAUAUUGAAACUUGCUCAAGAUAACGAGGUGGACUUCAUUUUAUUAGGUGGGGAUCUCUUUCAUGAAAACAAGCCUUCCCGAAAAACAAUAUAUACAUGUUUAGAAUUAUUAAGAAAAUAUUGCAUGGGUGACCGUCCUGUACAAUUUGAAAUUCUGAGUGACCAGUCAGUUAACUUUGCCUUUAGCAAGUUUCCAUGGGUGAACUACCAAGAUGAAAAUCUCAACAUUUCUAUUCCAGUUUUUAGUAUUCAUGGCAACCAUGAUGAUCCCACUGGGGCAGAUGGUCUUUGUGCUUUGGACAUUUUAACCUGUGCAGGACUUAUUAAUCAUUUUGGACGAUCACCAUCUAUAGAGAAAAUAGAAAUUAGUCCCAUUUUGCUUCAAAAAGGAAAUUCAAAGAUUGCUCUUUAUGGAUUAGGAUCUGUUCCCGAUGAGAGACUAUAUCGGAUGUUUGUGAAUAAACAAGUAACCAUGUUGAGGCCGAAAGAAGAUGAAGAUAGAUGGUUUAACAUGUUUGUCAUUCAUCAGAACAGGAGUAAACACGGCGCCACAAACUAUAUUCCAGAACAGUUUCUAGAUGACUUCAUUGACCUUGUCAUUUGGGGUCAUGAACAUGAAUGUAAAAUAUCUCCAACCAGAAACGAGCAACAACUUUUCUAUGUUUCUCAGCCAGGAAGUUCGGUGGUUACAUCUUUGUCACCAGGGGAAACUGUCAGAAAACAUGUUGGCUUGUUGCACAUCAAAGACAAAAAAAUGAAGAUACAGAAGAUUCCUCUCCAGACGGUACGGCCUUUCUACCUUGAAGACCUUGUUCUGGCUGACAACUCAAACUUAUUUCUCCCAGACAACCCCAAAGUCACACAAGUAAUACAAGAUUUCUGCAUGGAGAAGGUUGAAAUGAUGCUGGAUAAUGCAGAAAGACAACGUCUUGGAAAUCCCAAGCAACCAGAGAAGCCUCUAAUAAGAUUACGAGUGGAUUACAGCGGAGGCUUCGAACCAUUCAGUAUGGUUCGUUUCAGCCAGAAAUACAUGGAUAGAGUGGCUAAUCCAAAAGAUAUUAUACAUUUUUUCAGGCAUCGGGAACAAAAAGAGAAAAAUGAAGACGAAGUUAACUUCAGAAAACUGGUCCACAGGCCUGCAGCUGAGGGAACAACACUUCGGGUAGAGGAUUUAGUAAAGCAAUAUUUCCAAACAGCAGAGAAGAAAGUGCAGCUUUCUCUUCUGAGCGAGAGGGGCAUGGGGGAAGCCGUGCAAGAAUUUGUGGACAAGGAAGAGAAGGACGCUAUUGAAGAACUGGUGAAGUUCCAGCUAGAAAAGACCCAGCGAUUUCUGAAGGAGCGGCAUAUAGAUGCCGAAGAAGCCAAAAUCGAUGAGGAGGUGCAGCGUUUCAGAGAAUCAAAAAAAAAGAACACAGUAGAAGAGGAUGAGGAAGUUCGUGAGGCUAUCAACAGGGCCAAGGCCAGAUCUCAGGAGACUGAUUAUGCUUCAGCAAUGAGUGAUGAGGACCUGAUGGAUGCGACCACCUUUGACCAAGGAGUCAAUGAUGACUCGGACGACUCUUUAGCUCCCAGCUGGGGUAGACAGAGAGGUCGGGCAAGAGGCAGAGGACAGAAUGUCUCAACCAGGAGAGCAUCUCGGCGAGGAAGAGGAGGAAGUGCUGGCCGUGAUCAGACUGGCAGCAGCAGAACAUAUAAACCUGCAACUACUACAAAAACUAUGUCGAUUUUAGAUGCUUUUAAGUCAUCCAGACAGCAACCCUCCCGAAACAUGUCUGCCAAGAAUUAUUCAGAGGUGAUUGAAGAUGAUGAUUCUGAUAUGGAGGUGUCUUUUUCCACUUCUUCUACAAAUCAAAGAUUACCAACCACAUCAACGCAAAGUCAGAGGAGCUCUCAGAGCCAAGCAUCAAAAGGUGUUGCCUUUGAAUCAGAUGAGGAUGAAUUAUUUGUUUCCACUUCGGGAAGAAAAAGAUAAUAACUUCCGAAGCCCAAGCAUAGAAGGGAAGUGCAAAAAUUACUUCUGCAAAGGGGACCCGAGAUGUUUGCACCUGGUUCUCUGUAAUUUUACUGUAUUGUCUGGAAACUGGUGGCUUCCUUGAAGAAGAUUGCUUCCUUACUCUGUAUCUGCAACGCCAUCAGGCGUGCACAAAUAUCCUGCUUAAUGCUCCAAUCCAGAGUUCACUUGAGUGGAAAUGCGUAAAAAGUAAUAUUUCCUCUUAGGGAUGGCAGUUUUCACUGAGGCCUACUUGCUGCUUACUUUGUGAUUCUUGUAAUCUGUCCAGGAGUGUGAAGUUAGGAACGUUCUGGAGCUGUGUGAGGGAAAAGAGAAUUCAGAAAAAUGGUCCCUCAUUUCUUCCAACAAGAAGUCACCAAACUUCAGUCACUUCCUCACUCAGGGCAACCUCAAAUAUACCUGAAUGGAGAUGGCCGUUUCUGUAUCCAAUACUUAAAGGCAAAGGAAAUGUGUUACAGCAUUUCUUUCAAAGGGCUCCGAUGUCUUUUUCAUUUUACAGAGGAAUAAAUUAGAACCGGUUGAGUAAGAGAGCAAACGCCAUUUUUACAUUCCAUAUUUUACAAGUCUCCAACUUUCAUAAAAGAGGAAAUGCCCCAAGUCAAAACUGAUUAUGGGAGUCAGUGAUUCAGUGAAAUUAAAUGCUUGGAUACAAAACAAGAUUCCUUUUGACAAUAAGCUACAGUGAGGAGGAUUUCAAAAUAUAUAUUUUCAACUUUUAAACUUAACUCGUUAUAAUGGGGUGCAUAUAAUCAUUUCUGGGAUUUUCAGAAGGAGCUAGUUAUAGUUUAAUAAGCUGAACGUGAGCUGGUGUUGAUUCAGGGCCCAGAAUCAUAAACUUGGCAAUAAUUUCAUUGAUAUGUUCAGAAAGUAAAAAUUCAUGAGAAACUUUCAAGCGGACGUAAAUUUGUUUUUUCCCCGAGUUUAACUUUGCUCAACUGGAUCUCAGUGGUUUGAAAAACAAAAAUCAGUUUGAAAAUACGUCCUUUAAGAUAAGCUCACUCUGAAUUUUAGUAUGGGGCUUUAGUGUAGCAUGAGGCUUUAAAACUAUGUUGGCCUGGGAAAUAUUUUGCGGUGCAACAUAUUUUACCAUGGAAAGUCCAUUCACUGUUGAUCACUAUGUUUUAAAUUUAUUCUACAAACCCUAGAAAAUUGGGCAAAGGAUAUGAAAUGUGUGAUAUGGAAUAAAGUUUUCUGACAUGUU